GUUCAUAUCAACAUAGCGAUGUUCUUCGGCAAGAGCGUAAAUUCGACGGAUAUUUUAGCAAACAUACAAGGAGAAAAUGGCACUAUGAGCGCCGAGUCGGGGAAUCUAGGACCUGCGGUUAUUGCCUUUGCGUGGAUAUUGGCUGCUAUAUCAACAACAGUCGUUGCAUUACGAUUCUACGCCCGCUUGACUUUUAGAGGAAGGUUUAGCCUCGAUGACUAUAUCAUAAUUAUUACAUUGAUACUCAAUUUGACCAAUAGCGCCUUUCUCACUGUAGCAUCCCACUGGGGUUUGGGGAAGCACAUCCAAGAUCUUGCAUCACAACCUCAGGAUGUUAUAUACUUCGAGAAAUGGGUAUAUCUAACUUAUGGGCCCGCUAUCCUUUCCCCCGGAUUCGGCCGCAUUUCGUUCGCAUUUUUACUACUGAGCCUCACCCCACCAUCUAAAGCAAGAAGAAGGCUCCUAUGGGUGGUGAUAUGCGCUCAAUUCAUAGCCGAUGUCGGCACGGUUAUUAUCAUAUACGCACAAUGCAAACCGGCUCAGGGGUACUGGGAUAAGCAAGUCAAGUCAGAAUGCUGGCCCCUAUAUACACAAGUAUACGCGGGCUACAUUCAAGGCUCAAUAUGUGCUUUGUCCGACUUGGUGCUAGCACUUUUCCCUUCUUCUCUCUUGUGGAAUCUAAGGAUGCAUUGGAGACAGAAGGCCUCCCUAGCUGGAAUAAUGGGGCUGGGGAUUUUUGCUAUGAUGGCAGCCAUUGCUAAAACUGUCUAUCUCCGAGAAAUCGACGCGUUUUCAGAUCGAAGCUAUAAUAUGGCUAUUCUUACAAUUCUGUGGACUAUCGAAGACAAUUUCGUGCUUAUCGCCGUCUCGAUACCUACCAUUAAACCCGUCUUGAAGGCACCAAGGACAGCUAACCAGAGCCGAAGUGAUCGUGAUUACCAUCUCAAUACCUUUCUGUCCCGGAAGCGGGCCCAAGAGAACGCGCCUGGGGAGAGUCAUGGACGUUUCAAACCACUCCAAGAACCUGCACUUGUUACGGAAACCAGUGACGAUGACAGCCAGCCACAGUUUCCGCGCAGCAUUUAUCAAUUGGAACACAUGGGCAUGAGUGACAAUAGACAGAGCUCGCUUGGUAUUAGAAAGGACAUCACGGUUUCGAUCACGUUCCAAGACUCGCAGCGGUCGUGUAUCCAACCGCACUUGGAUCAGACUAGAUCUCAAGAAAUAGGAAACGAAACGUGUCUCAUGGAAGCGGACAGUAAAAAUCCCUUGUAGAAUAUCAUUUCCUUUAUAUGACGGAUACGAAGAGCUCGUGUAACUUAACUGCGUGUCUUUCAUCGAGAUAGAACAUGGUUUGAAACGUCA